GUAUGUAAAUGAGCUAAUGCCACCAGUGUUACAAUUGGCUGAGUUACUCCUGAGGUCACAAUCCCAUGCCUUGGUCCACCUGUCCUUCACCAUUGCCCUGAGAGGAGGACUUCUGGGAAUGUGAUGGAGGACAUGUCCGCUUGAGGGACUCACUCCUGGUACCACUGACUCACAACUGCUUUUCACCCUGCUACUUCAGAUGGCAAACCAGAUCCAAUCAUUCUUUGAGACAAGCACAAUGGCACUGUGUAAAGAAGAGACUAUUCCGAUGACCCUGGACAUGCUGAUGAGUAAAAAAGUGGAGACAAAUAAUCCUCAAGCCAGAUGCCUCCUCUCAACGCUGGCAUCGGCCAUGUGCAGCCAACAUGCAUCAGACGUGGAAAAACUGCAGCAAGAACUGAAAAACAUGCAGAGGGACAUGAAGGAUUUCAAGCAAGAGGUGACAAGGGUGAUCUGUAAAAUAGAGGGCACCCUGAGCUACAUGAUGGAGGUGGUAACAAGACUUGAAACCAGAAGCAACCAUGUGGAGCAGCGGCUGAGGGAAGAAGAAGACAGAGGCAUAGUACGGAACAAAGUACUCACAUUCUUACUGCCGAGGGAGAAAGAACUGCGGGAGAAAUGUGCUGAUCUAGAGAGGAGGCUUUGGAGGAAAAAUGUCUAGGUAUAUAAAUCCUCAACGACAACGGGGAAAAAUAAUAGUGUCGUACCUGAGAACUGCUCUGGACUCACAAGCAGGACUGAUCUUUGAAUACUGAGUGUAAGAGCUGAGCAGUUAUGCCAAAACCCUCGCUAUUUGGAAACCAAGCUAUAAAAAGAGGGUCUUUAUACCAUUCAUGAUUUUACAUACCACUUCUUCGUUUGCCGUCUAAACUAAAUUGUCCUGAUCUUUUCACUCUCUCCUCAGACAGAAGACUGUCCAUUCCUUUAUUUUGUUGCCCUUCCUUGCUCCCUUUCCCAUUUCUGCCACUGCUGCUAAUGAGAGUUGGGGGCAUUUGGAACCUGAAAGGAUCAGGCCUUAUACAUUUAGUGUUCUGCUGACAUCACAAAACAGGAGUGAUCUGUGUCCUCAGAGCCACCCCUUUGGAGGUGAUGUGUGUUUAGAGCCACGUGGGGCCUAAUCUAAAACCUACUGACCUCAACACACAUACUCCCAGUGACUCCACUGAGCUCUGGAGCGUGCCUGUUACUCCCAGUUACCUGUGCCUCGUCUCUGUAAUGCAGCAACUGAUGCUGCAUUAUUGAGUUCAGUGACACACGCGUGUAGAGGAGGAGAGAAUUUAACCCUAUAGAACAAGGGGGGCUUUGGUGCUAGUACAGGAAGUUACCUCUCUUCCCUAGCUCUGAUUUCCCUUCCAUCCUCCUAUACCUUAGUCCUUCUUGUUGUCUCAGACACCAUUGUCUGGCCCCAGUCUCUUCCUCUGAGUCUCCCAUAAUAGCAUAGAAAACAUACAAAAAUAACUCCAGUGUUGCUCAUUUUCCCCAACAAUUCCAGAAUAAAUAGAAAAAGAAAUUUUAAAAAGGCAGCAGCAGCAAUGGAACAGAUCACAGAUGGAGAUUUUUGUUUGGUAACACUGUUUCUCUCAAGUUUUUUUCCCCCUUUGACUCUGUGCAGGCUCCAUUCUUUUCCAAGCUCUCCCCCCGGUCAGUGUGAAUGGUGCUGCUGCUGAUCUUAUGGAUAUUGAUCCCGUCUCACAAAAAUGUGUUGCAGCAAAGGGAAUUCACCCUGGUGACCUUCAGCUCGCUCUCUGCUAGGAAUCAGUGACGCACAAACGAAUGGCAGAGGCCAUAUGGACUGUGGGGGAAAGGGAAA